AGCGGGCCGGGUAGAUCGAGUCCGGCCGGAGACAGAGCGGUCUGAUCGGUCAGAGGAGGAGGCUCCGCUGCCCACUUAGCGGACACAUACAGCGGGAUUACCAACAAAUCCAUCAGAAGCAGAAUGGAGUCUCACAGGCUGAGUGGCUCCCCAGAUGUCAGGAUUCAGAGGGGCUACAUGCCGCCGGCGCCACACUGUCCCAGAGCCAGCCAGGACAACCUGUUUGGAGUCAGGGUGCAGGUUCAGGGCAUUAAAGGUCAACCCUACGUGGUUCUGAAUAGUUCCGGCCAGGAGAGCCACCAGGACAUUUCUGUCAUAACUCACCAGGCAGGGUACAACCCAGGAGUGGUGAGGAGGUCCGUGGAUGGACGGCAGUCUCCAUCUGAGCCACAGAGGACUGGAAACUCCUCUUUGUUUCAGUAUCAGAACCACCCAGAGACCUUGAGACCUUAUGAGCCUGAAAGUAAUAACUUUGUCACUCCUUUCCAAACAGCCUCAACGUUUGGGUCCAGACAGCCACACACACUUCCUGUAGCCAAACCAAGGAUUCCUUUGCCCGCUGAGAGUCCAGCAGCAGACCCAGCUGAGGUGAUCCAAAACGAGACGCUCCCCUCAGGCGCACACGCCGACCCACAGUCCCCAAACUCAGUGGACACAGACAACAUCAUGUCUGUCGGGAAGCUGAUCAGCCAGUUCAACACCAGCCUGCGGAGAGGAAGAGGUCCAAGGAACAGACUGGACCCAGAAGCUUGCCGGCGGUCCCGCAGUGUGGACGGCAGUCGAAUCCCAGACUCUUCCUCCUCAUCCUCGUCGUCUAGCAGACCCUCAUCUGUGAAAGGUAGCGGAGGAGAAACCUCAGGCGGGGUCUAUCCUCCGGGGUCAGCCAGAGCUCGACUCCUCGGUGGACAGUCCACUUUUACCAACAAAGUGGAGGAGAACAAGCCUGGCGCGCUGUUCAGAGCCCACCACGGCAAAGAGACUGUAUCCCAGCAGACUCAGAAAGCAGAGAAACCCUCUGCCUUCAGGCCACGUGUCGACCAAACCGAUGAAUCUGAAGACAGAGAAGCACAGGUAACUCCUGAUCUUCUGAAAGGACAGCAAGAGCUCUCAGUCGAUCCACCUGAAGACACAACAAAGCAAAUACUGUUCACUUACCUGAAGAAUGGGACGACUGAUGAUGAGUCCACCACCCAAAGGAAAGUCAAUCUUCUGCUGCAAAAGAUCAACAAGUUGAAGUGGAGGACAGCUGAGAGUGUGCAGGAGGAGGAGAGAGACCAGGAAACAAAAAUGAAUGUCCUGCAGGAGAAGCAUGCAGCUCUGACGAAAGAAGUGUCUCAAUUAAAGCAAAAACUGGAAGUCGAGAUCAAGAAUGAGAUGACUUUAGCCAAGGCUUUUGAGAAAGCGAGGGCUGAGAAAAAGCAACUCCAGGAGGAGAAGACCAAGAGUCAAACAGAGCUCAGCAACCUGAGAGAAAAACUGGCUGAAAUCGAGGCCGAACUUCAGUCCACCAAACAAAAACUGAAUGAGAUGAGGACAGAAAAAGAAAGAUCUAAGGCCGAGAUGAAAGACCUUCAGCAGCAGCUCUCUGAGAUGCAUGAUGAGUUGGAUCGAGCCAAGAAGGCAGAUAUGAUAAACGCAGAUAAAGAAGUCCUUCUUAAGGAUCUGGCCCAGCUCCGUGCGGACUUUCAGGAGAUGCUGCAGAUUAAGGAGGAGCAGGAGGAGCUGCUGCAACACACAGAACGCGAGUUCAGAGCCCUAAAGGGUGCGCUGAAAGAGGAGGUGGAGACUCACGAUAAAUACACGGCUGCCUUGAAGGAGGAGUACGAGCAGGAGCUGGAGAAGCUGCUGAGGGAUUUAGAGCUGGCCAAGGAGAGCAAUGCUCUGCUGGGUCAGGGGAAGGCGGAGGCGGAGGAGGAGAGAGGUGCAGCAAAGGUGCAGCUGAAGGAGCUGAUCCAGGAGCGAGAUCAUCUGAAGGGGAGGGUCCGAGAACUGAACAACAAGGUGGAGCAGCUGAGUCAAGCUGUCCAGGAGUUCAAAACCACCGAGAGACUGAUGGAGCAGAGAGCCAAGCAGCUGGAGAGGGAAAAGCUCCAGGUGGAGGAGACGCUGAAGAGCGUGAGGAGGAGCGAAGAGGAGAUGAGUCAGUCCAACCAGUCCCUGCUUUCUCGCCUGGAGGACACGCAGAGCAAGCUGACCAAACUCAACCAGGAGCACAGGGAGUUGAAGGAGAAGCUAAAGGAGGAGAGGAAACAAAUAGAGGAGCUGUGGAAGAGUAAAACAGAGCUGGAGGACGAGAGGAGAAUGCAGGACAGGGCUAUGGAACAACUGCAGAGGAAGAUGACUAACAUCAUGGAGGAGUGCGAGGCGUCUACAGAUGUGCUUCAGAGCCAGGUCGACGAGGCCAGAGAGAGGAGUCAAAGGGAGUUGGCCGAGCUGCGGAGACAGCUGCAGGAAAAGGGAGCAGAGCUGGAGAAAACCAGACACGCAGCCAAACAACUGCAGGAAGAGCUCCUUCCUCUGGAGGAGGAUCUGAGGAGGUGUCACAGGGAGCAGCAGGAGGCCCAGCUGAGGGGCCGACAGCUGGAGAAGAGGGUGGAGGAGCUGGAGGAGAAGAACGCCUCGGUGGUGGAGGAGCGAGAGAGGCAGAUCAAACUCAUGGAGGAGCGGAUCGGUCACCUGGUGGAGGACCUGAACGAUGAGCGCAGCGGCGCGGACCGCCUGAUGGAGCGAUUAGACAAAACCAAAGAGCAGAUGGAUCAGAUGAGGAACGAGCUGCUGCAGGAGCGAGCGGUCAGGCAGGACCUGGAGUGUGACAAGAUGAGCCUGGAGAGACAAAAUAAAGACCUGAAGAGCAGAGUGACCCACCUGGAAGGAGCUCAGAGAACGAAUCAGGACGCUGUCGUCUCCAAACUCAACAGCCGAGUCCAGGAGCUGGAGGAGAGGCUACAAGGACAGGAGAGGGACAACACCAAUCUGCAACAAGUGAACCGCAAGCUGGAGCGCAAACUGAAGGAGUUGCGGAUGCAGGCGGACGAGGAGCACGUCAACCUGCAGAGCCAGACGGAGCAGCUGACGCAGAGGCUGAAGACGAUGAAGAGGCAGAUGGACGAGGCGGAGGAGGAGAUCGAACGUCUGGAACACUCUAGGAAGAAGCUGCAGAGGGAACUGGACGAGCAGCUCGAGGCCAACGAGCAGCUUCUGGGACAGCUGGGUGCGCUGCGCAGCGAGAUGAGGCGUAGGAAGAAACCACCUGCCAUCAUCAAGGUCAUGGAGGACAACAUGAAUGACGUGGACGACCUCAGUUCUGAUUAACUGAACGAACACAAUUUACUGGACUUAAUGAAGCAAUAUCUUAUUCAUUUAAUCAUAACUACUCAGGCUUGAUUUAACCUUUUUUACCUACUAAAAAUGUCAGCACUGACCUCUUGUGGUGAUAUUUAUAACUGCAGCUUUAAAAAGAAAUAAGCAAACCACUGCAGUUACGUACUGAUUUGUUGUUUUACUUUUAUAGAUAAAUAUAAUGCAGCGUGAAUGGAAAUUGUGAAAAUCCUAAAAAAUCUGAAACUAAUAACUGCACAUAUUAAAAACACUUUUGUAAUAUAUGCCUCCAGAAACUUAGAACAAAAAUAAAAGCAGACGCUUGACGUUUCUGAA